ACCGAACAACAUCGUGCCAAAAAAUUCACCACGUGAGCCGGCUGUACUGCAAUUUUCAUCUCCAUUUUUCUGUACCUUGUCCAUUCUUGAUUCAAUUCGGCAAGUCGACCACUGUUGUAAGGGUUCGUUCGAAAGUUGUUGCGCUAGCUUAUCAAAUCCACUUUAAAAAAAAAUACAUUCGAAGAUGUUCGUGUCAACAGUAUCUCGCAUUGCCCCAAUUGCCAGGAGUGCCAUGCUUGCUGGAUCCAGGGCUUACUUGCGACCAAUCAGCAGCGCAGUUAUCAGCCAAAGCCAAACCUUGGCUGCCCAGAACACAACCCCUGUCUCGUUACUGCCACAAGUCAGGUCAUUCCAGACCUCUCCAGUCACCCGUGACAUUGAUUCGGCUGCCAAAUUCAUUGGUGCUGGUGCUGCAACCGUCGGUGUAGCUGGUUCCGGUGCUGGUAUCGGAACAGUAUUCGGUUCCCUGAUCAUCGGUUAUGCCAGGAAUCCAUCUCUCAAGCAACAGCUUUUCUCAUACGCUAUCUUGGGUUUCGCCCUUUCUGAAGCUAUGGGUCUUUUCUGUCUUAUGAUGGCCUUCUUGCUGCUCUUCGCUUUCUAAAGUGUUUAUGUCGCCAGAUAUUCAUCACUACACAACCACCAACCUUAUAUUGUUUUUAAAAAACAUCCAAAACAUCAACAAAAAAUUAUUGCAACAACUACAACAUCAAUCUUAAGUUCUAAAAUCAAUUAAAACUGAAGAGGAUAAAACUGUAAAAUUCAUCUCAUUGCAAUUUAAAAAGUAAAGAUCAAGAAAUAUUUGUGAGGUGAUUACAGUUCUUAAUCGAAAAAGUACAGAUUAAUAAGUAUAAAUAAAAAAGGAAAAAAUCUAAAAAACAAAAAUAUUUUAUUUAAUUCUCUUUUUAUUUGAUCGUUAGUUUUUUUUUUUUUAUAAUUUGUUAAUAAAGAAAAAAGCGUCCUAAUUGUUCAAAACAAGUGACUCGCUCUUAUUAAAAAAGGCGCUUUUUUCAAAUUGAUAAAAACAAAUGAUGCAUGUGUGUUAGAUAAAAAAAAGUUAAGAAAUUAAUUAUAACGAUUAAAGGACGAAAGUGUAAUAAAAAAAGAAAAUAAUUACUGAUACGACCUACGAAUAAAGAAUUUUUUUUUUCUUCUGUA